AGCCAAGUAGAAUAGGACCACAAUCCUCUCAAGCAAAUAAGAAAUCAGAUGAAGAUAUCUUCAUAGAUAAGAAUUAACAACAUCCCUCCUUUUAGUCUUUAUAAAACUAACCUAAACUUGUUUACUUCACUUCAUCUCCAUAACCAUCAUCAUCUCGGCCCACUACCUUCUAUUUCUUCCCCUUUCAACAAUGGCUUCCUCCACCAUGGCUCUUUCUUCCCCCUCCCUUGCCGGAAAGCCCGUCAAACUCGGCCCCAUCCCAUCCGAAAUCCUUGGUGAAGGAAGGAUCACCAUGAGGAAGACUGCUGCAAAGCCCAAACAAGUUUCAUCAGGCAGCCCAUGGUACGGCCCAGACCGUGUUAAGUACUUAGGCCCAUUCUCCGGUGAGCCACCAAGCUACCUUACCGGUGAGUUCCCUGGUGACUACGGUUGGGACACUGCUGGGCUUUCAGCUGACCCGGAAACCUUUGCUAAGAACCGUGAGCUUGAGGUCAUUCACUGCCGAUGGGCCAUGUUGGGUGCUUUGGGCUGUGUUUUUCCCGAGCUCUUGGCCCGUAAUGGUGUUAAGUUUGGUGAAGCUGUUUGGUUCAAGGCGGGCUCACAAAUCUUCAGUGAAGGUGGGCUUGAUUACUUGGGUAACCCAAGCUUGAUCCAUGCCCAAAGUAUCCUUGCUAUUUGGGCUUGUCAGGUUAUUCUAAUGGGUGCUGUUGAGGGUUACCGUAUUGCUGGUGGGCCUCUUGGAGAGGUGGUGGACCCACUUUACCCGGGUGGUAGCUUUGACCCGUUGGGCUUGGCUGAUGACCCGGAUGCAUUUGCAGAGUUGAAGGUAAAAGAGAUUAAAAAUGGUAGAUUAGCUAUGUUCUCAAUGUUUGGAUUCUUUGUUCAAGCUAUUGUUACUGGAAAGGGCCCACUUGAGAACCUUGCCGACCAUCUUGCUGACCCUGUUAACAACAAUGCUUGGGCUUACGCUACUAACUUUGUUCCUGGCAAGUGAUCUAUAGUUUUUAGAAUAUAGAGAAGAUUAAGGACAUGUACGAUACUUGUUACUUGAUUUUCUAUGUAAAUCGGUUAUGAGUGAAUGAUUAAUAUAUGGAGUAUUAUGAGUACUAAA